AUGGCCGCCACGCUGGGCGCAUUCGCCUCUCCGCGACGCAGCAGCUCGCACUUCACUAGCACUACCUCGGUCGAUUCGGGCAUCGGCAGCAGUUCCCAGUCCACGUCCUUCGAAAGCAAGCGCAUAGCCCGCGCGAGGGAGAACCAAUUCACGUACAAGUACGGGAAGCGACACCAUUCCUAUGACCCUGAAAAAGCCCCCUAUCCUUGCAGCUAUGAUAAAGAUGUAAUAGAACUAGAAGCGAUCGACCAUGCAUAUGCCAUGUCGAUUACUGGGUCCGUAACUAUGGUUAAAUGGGACGAGCAAGAGGACGGUCCGCCGCAGAAAUCUUUGGACUUAGGUUGUGGGGCGGGGUUCUGGAUUGUCAAUGCUGCGAAGGAAUGGCCCGACUGCCACUUCGUUGGCUUCGACCUGGUUAACGUCCAGUUACCGCUAAAACUCCUGGAUUCGUCUAUAGGAGACAGAGUCACGUUCGUUCAUGGAAACUUUUUGACGAACAGAUUGCCCUUCGAAGAAGAUGAGUUUGACCAUGUACAUGUGUCUGGGAUAUCAUUAGGAGUCCCAGAGAACAAGUGGGGUUAUAUCUUCGAAGAAAUAAACCGCGUGUUACGACCAGGAGGUGCCAUCGAAGUCUCAGAAGAAGAUAUAUAUUUCCCUACGUUGCCUCGAUGGUUUACGUCUCCGCUACGAAAUCGAGUGCGACGCAAUUCAUCUGUACACCUUCCUGACGGCUCCUCGCGGAUGUCAGAUCCUUCGCCGCCUCAGUCUCCUGGUUCUUCCCAUGACCAUGCUCUUCUGGAAUCGUUAUUCUAUUCGGUAUUUCACAAUCGUUUUAUCAAUACCCGACCAACCGCUGUUAUUCCUAUCUAUUUCACUUCGACCUUCAGACAAGUUCAUUCAAUCCCCAAUAUCAAGUUUCCCGUACCGCCAUUCCCUCCUCCAAUGCCGCUGCCGAAUCAAAAGCACCCUCCGAGCUUCUCGCUGGCGGAUUCUUCGGCCAGUAGACCAGAUGAACUGUCGCAACCACCGACACGCCCAGCAUCAAGUUCCUUCUCCUCAUUAGUGACGUCGAAUUCCAGUUCGCCAUUAUUGACGCAUCCAGGCACGAGCCAAACAAGCUUUGCGUCAUCCAUUUUCCCUGACGGGCGUGUGCUCCCCGAGGCCCUGCGCAGGGAACUUUCAGCGUCGUCCAGUCAGUCGGGAGACAGUACUCCUCCUGCCAACAAACGCCCCACAUCCGAUUUUGUUUCUUCGACCGACAGUACAUCGAUCGGCUCUCACACAGAGCUGAUACCCCACGACAAGCUUGCUCAGCGAUUGACUGAUCACACACUCGCCAUUCAUCUGUAUCGAGCUUACCAGGGCGUACUGGCAUGUCAGGAGUCCAUGUGGGAAGAGCUGAAAGACCGGAUACGGAAUAGAAAAGAUUCGCUGCAAGCGUUCGGGUGGGAAGAUGACGAGGAGCUGGAAGGGUUAAAGCUGAGUCGCCAAAAGUUUGAACGCUUGGUUGAGAGAUACCAAAGCGACAUGCACGCCAGACUAGGGCUGUGGCAUUCGUUAUCACAGAUAGGCUGGCCGCUCCCUCCUCGGGAACCUUUGUCCAGAGCUGAACAUCUAGAGGAAGAGCGCAUUUACCAAGCGAUGCUCGACGCACGUCGACUAGCAGACGAGGAGGCCGCGCAGGCUGUUUCUAGAACAGCCAGAGUAUUAGUUGGAUAUAAAUUGGCUUGAGCGUGUAAGUUACUCUCGUAUGUGGGGCUGUAGACUUGCAGUGAUUGUGACGGUAAAGGCUAAGAGGGACUUCUUGGGUUUGGAGGACAUUGAUGGAUGUAUAUUAUGUCACUGUAAACACUGCACCACCAACAUGUAUAUGCCCCUGCACGCUAAUAUUGAUAUUUUCUGCAGAUCUUCCUGCGG